AUGUUGUUAGCUGUUAUGUAUCGAGACGAGAACAUAGAUAGUCUGUUGUUAGCUGCUAUGUAUCAAGUCGAGAACAUAGAUAGUCUGUUGUUAGCUGCUAUGUAUCGAGACGAGAACAUUGAUAGUCUGUUGUUAGAUGCUAUGUAUCGAGACGAGAACAUAGAUAGUCUGUUGUUAGCUGUUAUGUAUCAAGUCGAGAACAUAGAUAGUCUGUUGUUAGCUGCUAUGUAUCGAGACGAGAACAUAGAUAGUCUGUUGUUAGUUGCUAUUUAUCAAGUCGAGAACAUUGAUAGUCUGUUAGACGAGAACAUAGAUAGUCUGUUGUUAGCUGCUAUGUAUCGAGACGAGAACAUAGAUAGUCUGUUGUUGGAUGCUAUAUAUCGAGACGAGAACAUAGAUAGUCUGUUGUUAGCUGCUAUUUAUCGAGACGGGAACAUAGAUAGUCUGUUGUUAGCUGCUAUGUAUCGAGACGAGAACAUAGAUAGUCUGUUGUUGGAUGCUAUAUAUCGAGACGAGAACAUAGAUAGUCUGUUGUUAGAUGCUAUUUAUCGAGAUGAGAACAUAGAUAGACUGUUGUUAGCUGCUAUGUAUCAAGUCGAGAACAUAGAUAGUCUGUUGUUAGCUGCUAUGUAUCGAUACGAGAACAUAGAUAGUCUUUUGUUAUUUGCUAUUUAUCAAGUCGAGAACAUAGAUAGUCUGUUGUUAGCUGCUAUGUAUCGAUACGAGAACAUAGAUAGUCUUUUGUUAGUUGCUAUUUAUCAAGACGAGAACAUAGAUAGUCUGUUGUUAGCUGCUAAGCAUCGAUACGAGAACAUAGAUAGCCUGUUGUUAGCUGCUAUGUAUCGAGACGAGAACAUAGAUAUUCUGUUUUUAGUUGCUAUAUAUCCAGACGAGAAUAUAGAUAGUCUGUUGUUAGCUGCUAAAUAUCGACACGAGACCAUGGAUAGUCCGUCGUUAGCUGCUGUUGUUAGCUGCUAUAUAUCGAGACGAGAACAUAGAUUGUCUGUUGUUAGAUGCUAUUUAUCGAGACGAGAACAUUGA